AUGUCACAAGACAAGAAGCAAGAUCCAGUCUUCACCUUCAUUAAGGAUUCCUUGAUCGGAGGUACUGCCGGUGGUGUCUCAAAGACCAUCGUAGCUCCAAUUGAACGUGUCAAGCUUUUGCUCCAAGUUCAAGCUGCCUCCACCCAAAUUGCCGCCGACAAGCAAUACAAGGGUAUCAUCGAUUGUUUCGCUAGAGUUUCCAAGGAACAAGGUGUCAUGUCACUCUGGAGAGGUAAUCUUGCCAACGUCAUCAGAUAUUUCCCAACUCAAGCUUUGAACUUUGCCUUCAAGGAUAAAUAUAAGAAGUUUUUCGUCCGUUGGUCUCCAAAGCAAGAUCCAUUCAAGUUCUUUGUUGGUAACUUGUUCUCUGGUGGUGCUGCUGGUGCUACUUCCUUGCUCUUUGUCUACCCAUUGGACUUUGCCCGUACCCGUUUAGCUGCUGAUAUCGGUACUGGUGCCAACCGUCAAUUCACUGGUUUGGGUAACUGUAUCUCUUCCAUCUACAAGCGUGAUGGUUUGAUCGGUUUGUACCGUGGUUUCGGUGUCUCUGUCGGAGGUAUCUUUGUCUACCGUGCUGCCUUCUUCGGUGGUUACGAUUCAGCCAAGGGAUUGCUCCUCGACGAUCCAAAGAAGGCUACCUUCUGGCAAAACUGGGCUAUCGCUCAAGUUGUUACCACUGCUGCUGGUGUCAUCUCUUAUCCAUUCGAUACUGUCCGUAGACGUAUGAUGAUGCAAGCCGGUCGUGCUGAUAUCCUUUACUCAAGCACCUGGGACUGCUGGAAGAAGAUUGCCUCCAAGGAAGGACCAUCUGCAUUCUUCAAGGGUGCUCUCUCCAAUGCCAUCAGAGGUUCAGGAGGAGCCUUGGUACUUGUCUUCUACGACGAAAUUCAAAAGAUGCUCGGUUUCGAAGGUGGUGUUGGUUCAGAAUAA